GCCUGGAUCGAGCGGAGGAAGACACACAUCCUCCUCGAUUCAUUCUCUCUCUCUCGUUGCUGCCCUGCCGCCCGGUUUCUUCUCCCCUCCUGUCUGUCCUCCUUCCUCCUAGUGUCCGGCCUGUCCUUCCUUCCUUGUUCAAUUCCCAGCCAUCGAUUCCUCCUAGUGUCCGGCCUGUCCUUCCUUGUUCAAUUUCCAGCACCAAUCCAUCGAUUCUCCUCCACCUCCGUCCCCGGCCGCUCCAGAUCAAUAAUGCAGCAGCAGCAGACCACGACGCAGAUCCAGACGCUGCCGCCGCAGAUAAAUAAGAGGACGACAACGACGAUGAUGAGGGCGGAGGCGGCGGCCAAGGCCACCGAGGACGACGACAGCCGCUUCGACGCCGGCAAGCCUCCGCCGUUCCGCAUCGGCGACGUCCGCGCGGCGGUGCCGGCGCACUGCUGGCGCAAGAGCCCCCUGCGCUCGCUCUCGUACGUGGCGCGGGACGUGGCGGUGGUGGCGGGGCUGGCCGUGGCGGCGGCGGCGCUCGACAGCUGGGCGGUGUGGCCGCUCUACUGGGCGGCGCAGGGGACCAUGUUCUGGGCGCUCUUCGUCCUGGGGCACGACUGCGGCCACGGGAGCUUCUCCGACAGCGCCACCCUCAACAGCGCCGUGGGGCAUCUCCUCCACUCCUUCAUCCUCGUCCCCUACCAUGGAUGGAGGAUCAGCCACAGAACGCACCAUCAGAACCAUGGCCACAUCCACAGAGACGAGUCAUGGCACCCGAUGACGGAGAAGCUGUACCGGCAGCUGGAACCACGCACCAAGAAGCUACGGUUCACCGUCCCAUUCCCGCUGCUCGCGUUCCCCGUCUAUCUCUGGUACAGGAGCCCCGGCAAGAAUGGAUCGCACUUUCUUCCCAGCAGCGACCUGUUCACCCCCAAGGAGCGCGGCGAUGUCAUGCUCUCAACCACCUGCUGGUGCAUCAUGCUCGCCUCGCUGCUCGCCAUGGCGUGCACCUUCGGCCCAAUCCAGGUGCUCAAGAUGUACGGCGUCCCAUACCUUGUGUUUGUCAUGUGGCUUGACCUGGUGACCUACUUGCACCACCACGGCAGCCAUGACCUCCCCUGGUACCGCGGCGAGGAGUGGAGCUACCUGCGUGGGGGCCUCACCACAGUGGACCGGGACUACGGCUGGAUCAACAACAUCCACCACGACAUCGGCACCCAUGUCAUCCACCACCUCUUCCCCCAGAUCCCGCACUACCACCUCGUUGAAGCUACCAAGGCAGCAAGGCCGGUGCUGGGCAGAUACUACAGGGAGCCACAGAAGUCGGGGCCGCUGCCACUUCACCUCUUUGGUGUGCUCCUCAGAAGUCUCAGAGUGGAUCACUUCGUGAGCGACCAUGGGGAUGUCGUCUACUACCAAACUGACCACGCCUUGAACACUGCAGCUCAUGGCUGGGCCACUGAAAACCAUAAGCAAAAGUGAUCCAUAUAUUCUGAAGCCUCGACAAGUUGCCAUACUACUAUUCAGAAGUCGAUCCACUCAUUACGGGAUUGGAUUCGAAGCAUGGUAGAUGAUAGCAUAGAAAGUCAAAUAAUAAUUCAAGCAGAAAGCAAGGGAUCCUCGAUGAUCUAAUUGAAGCAUGCAUGCAUAUGUAUUCGUUGGUUGAUUGGGCUCAUGAAAUCGAUUUACCCACUAGAGUAGCUAAGCAUUGCUAUACAAUAUAAUCGUGGCUUGUACAAACUACUAGAUGUUGAGGUGGAGAUGAGAAUCUGUAUUGAUGACUGCCUCUCAGAAAACAUUAGUCUGUAUGACACAAAUAAUAAUAAUAUUACAUGCCGCCUGAUUGAUUCA